UCUUGAUAGACGCUCAUUGGGUAGAAGAGGAAUGGCUACCACAGUAAAAAAGACUGUUGUUGCUGCCGGUUUGAUUAUAUUCAGACGUGUUUCUAAAGAAAUACAAUACUUAAUGUUACAGGCGUCGUAUGGAGAUUUUCACUGGUCGCCACCAAAAGGUCAUGUUGACCGAGGAGAGACUGAGAGGCAAGCUGCAUUAAGAGAAACAGAAGAAGAAGCUGGAAUUACAGUUGACCAACUGCAUCUGUAUGAAGACUUUAGAACAGAUUUACACUAUACAGUGAGAGGAAAACCAAAAACUGUGAUUUACUGGUUAUCUGAGCUAAAAAAUCCUGACUUUGCUGUGAAAUUGUCAAAGGAACAUAAAGACUUUAAGUGGUUAGACUUGAAAGACGCUUUAGAAAUAGCAAAGUAUGAGGACUUGAAAGAAGCAUUAAACAAAGCUCACGAUUAUAUAGCAACUUCCGUAGCCUCAUAAUAGAUACAUGUAUAAUGUGGACAUGAAAAAUAAACAUCCAGCACAGCUCAGGAUGAGAUCUCAGACUCUCCUCAUACAUGUAUUUGAGAAGAUA